AUAGCCGAUGCCUGUCGCCGAAUCACACCACAACGCUCGAUCGGUAAGCGUUGAGGAAAAAGCACAGACGCGAUUCUCAAACAUGCACGGGAAGCUUCUGGCCAUCGCCUUCUGCAUUCUCGGCACUGCCGCAGUGCAAGGACAGGCACUACUCAACCUCGGCUGGGGAGGCUCAGGUGGCUUGCUAGGCGGGUCACUUGGCGGCUAUGGAGGACUUCUUGGAGGAUACGGCGGCCUCGGUGGACUUAGUGGCCUUGGCGGAGGCUAUGGUGGACUAGGCGGACUCGGUGGUCUCUCUUACGGACUGUCAGGGCUCGGAGGCUAUGGUGGACUAGGCGGACUUGGUGGUCUCUCUUACGGGCUGUCAGGGCUCGGAGGCUAUGGUGGACUAAGCGGACUCGGUGGUCUCUCUUACGGACUGUCAGGGCUCGGAGGCUAUGGUGGACUAGGUGGACUAGGCAGACUCGGUGGUCUCUCUUACGGACUGUCAGGGCUCGGAGGCUAUGGUGGACUAGGUGGACUAGGUGGACUAGGCAGACUCGGUGGUCUCUCUUACGGACUCUCUGGGCUUUAUGGAAGCUCUCUUGGACUGUCAGGGCUAGGAGGCUUAUCAGGGCUUUACGGAGGUUAUGGUGGAUUGGGCGGUCUUUCGGGGCUCUACGGUGGUGUUUCAAGACCGCUAGUACUUGGAGGCUUAGGUUACUCAGGACUUGGAGGCCUGUCAGGGCUUCUUGGUGGCAGCUCAGGCUUGAGUAGCUUGUACAGCGGAUACCCAGGCUAUCUCGGAGGUCUCGGUGGUCUUGGAGGGUCAGUAAGAGUGAUUGGGGGUUAUCCGGGGUACUCCGGUUUGCUAGGUGGCUCCACUGGUCUUAGCGGUCUGUCAGGAUUGUAUGGAGGUUAUCCAGGACUCUCCGGUCUUUCAGGCCUCUUUGGCGGUUACCCUGGCUACUCUGGCCUUUCAACCAUUUACGGAGGCUACCCGUUUUCUGGCUACUCUGGGAUGUAUGGUGGUGGGAUGUUUCCUCUAAACUCAUUCAGAUAUGGUCCAUUUGGAGGCUUUGGUUCUUAUGGUAGCUCCCUUGGAUUAUCCGGAAUGUACGGUAGUGGUUGGGGUGGUUUCAGUCCAUUCGGUUAUUACGGCUCAUACGGCCCCAGCUUUAGGACCUUUGGAAUGGGAACUACCAGUCCGAUUGUAUCCCCAAGCUCAACUAUUGUCUCAACGGCUGCAGCACCUGCCAUCACCGGAGCUGUAGAAAAAAUUUCCGCACCAGUUACCAACCUCGUCACACCCGUUGGCAUGCCUUCUCUACCCAGCGUCACCGUGACUGGUGGAAAGGGUCUCAAGACCAUAGGGUAAAAGCUGAACAAGUUUCCGGCAUACUGUUAACUGCCCAUCGCUCAGAUUCAUAGGUGAAGAAAUACUUUAUCAUUGAAUAAAACAGAAGCAACAAAAGACUUACGGACUUCCCUUGGACUGUAUAAAAAAGUACCAACUCUGAUAACAUUUUUCCAAAUAAAAAACACAUCUUUCCAA